CUGGACCAGUGCGGCGCCAAAGGCCGGACCUCUCUCCUCCAUACUAAUGUUCCGUGGCCCUCAUCUACCUACGCAAACUUGAUCCCAAUCCGUCCCGUCCCUCGACUACGUACUUCCCUACCUUUUCCUCUCCUCCUUCCCCCGAUUCUUCCUGCUGCAUCUGCAUCUGCAUCUGCAUCGGCACCGGUAUUGUGCUGCACUGCCACCCUCUCCUCCCCUCACCUCUCCCGACGGCGCGCGUACGUCGACCCAACAGUCCAGUAUUCCUGCAUCGUCCAUCGCCGAUAGCUGCGCUGCGGCGGCUACCGAGGUGCGUUCCGUCGUGUAUACUAGGUUGAGGUGCCGCACCAGCAAAUCCGUACGGCAAGCGGCACUAGCAACAGCGGGCAGGCCUUCGGCAUUCCAGUCGCCCACAUUGCCCGCCCGCGUGCCUCACCUGGAUGCCGGCGGAUCCCCUCGCCGAUCUCCAGCGACGGAACCUAAGCCAAGCGAAUCCACAUCCGCAGCGCUGGUAGCCGUUUGUUAGUAUACAUACGGAUCCCUGGGCAGCGUCAGCGCCCAGGCAGGAAGGCCAACCCAAGGCAGAGCCCAAGCAAGGACUUUCGGUUGCCUGCCCAUCGAUAGGUUUCUCCCUCCUCGCCCACGGCGGCGACAACGACGACGACGAUAACGGCCACCCCGACGACGACUUCUUUUUCUUCAUCACCCAAAUCCGACACUUGUUUUGUGGCAUGCCGACCAGCGAGCUCCUGCCGCCCCGCCCCUCAUCCUCCUAUUCAUAGGGUCACACAACGGCCGCCCCCGAGGAAAGAGCCUGCAGCUGGAUCGGAUCUGACACUUUCCACGCCCUUUCUGGAAGCGCCACCCCGAACCUCGACGCACCGCUGCUUCAUGCCACGACAAUUCCAUCGCUCCUGAUUUACUCGCCAUUGCGAAUGCCCCUCCUUGGAUCCCGUCACUCGAACUGCAGCUUCUGCGAAUCCCAAAUACAAACGCUCCUUCGAUCCGCCGACGGGCAAGACCUGCCGCCUCUCUUUGCCUCGUCCACUCGCCUUCUCGACGACUUUUCUCGUCUCGACAGUCUCGACGGCCGACCACGACGACUUGCCCGUCUUGAGUAGACGCAGACCGACCGCCCGGGUUUUCUGUCCGGAAUUGCGCCUCACCCAUCGCCUCCAUCUCCCACCACUUCUUUUGCGAGGAAAUGGCCUUUUGCUCCAUAGGCGUCCCGUCGAAACCCGAGUCACUACAUCUCGACCGCCGACGACGAUUAGGCAGCGGCAGCUGCAACGCACCCCCGUCCUGAAGUUGACAGCCCUUGUCUCAAAUCACUGGGGGGCAGGCACACGGCACAACACUCGCCCUCCCCGGCCGGACCCCCGCGUGCCGUCGACCAACAGGCCCGACGCCGACGCUCGAGCAUCAUGAACUCGGCCAUGGCCAUCGCACCCCCCGACGACGGCCGCGCCACGCGCCCUCGGAGCGGCAGUAACCGCCAGGUUUCUCUCUAUGCCUCGCGUAUCAGACCCGGCGUCACCCCGCUCGCCCUCGACAGACCCAACGCGGGGCAGCGAGUCCCAAGGGUGCCCGACCUUCCUUCGUUGCCCGUCUCCCCCCGCUGGGACUCGCUCUCCAACGGGGCCCAUUUGGUGAACCGCACUUCGACGUCGUCCCGGAGCCCUCCCUCACCCUACGAUCUUCCUCGGGACCCCCAAUCCCAUCAGCCCAUUGCCUCACCCAUGCGGCCCGGAGUCGGGCCAAUACCGUCUCCAAGAGACGCAUUGGCCGGCACUCCGUCACCGCGCAGUGGGUCGCCGCCCGUGCCACUGACGGCCAAGUCAUCGUUUGCCGAUCUGCGGCCGGCCGACAGCAGCGGCGGCGGCGGCGGUGGCGUCGUCGUCGAAAAUUUCUCCCGACCCCGGAAGCAGAGCAUCAUCCGCCAGGCCGCAGCCUAUUCCGACUGUGCGGCGGCGGCGUCGGAGCCUGCUGUGCCGUCGCUGGCAAACAAGCCACCCACCAUGGCCAUGACGGCCAUCACCACCGCCCCCAACCUAUUGCUGCAAGACCAGGGCCCCCACACGCCGCCGCCCUGGCACCACCGGCCGCGCCGCGUCUCGGCGUCGUCCUGCAGGUCCCUGUCGACGUUUUCGUCGCCACGGCCGCCCGUCAAUGCUGAGUUGUUUGAGCAUCGGCCUCCCCGCCCCAGACAGGCUACUGGGCCUCCCCUGACGGGGGCUCGGCCCCCCUUCGCGCCCAGCCGCGCUGACGGUUCCGUGCCUGGUGCCCCCGGCCCCGGUGGGGCGCCGCCACCCUGGCUCGCCGGGGAUGAGCUGCGUUCCAGUUUCAGAUCCCAACUCACUGCCUCGUCAGCUCCUGGCACGGCGGCGACCGAGCGCAGUAGCGUUCUUACAAAGGACAGCUCAGUCGCCUCGCUCGACGCUAGCGACGAGCCCAGCUUGGAAGAUGUUAUGGGCAUGUACGAAAAGGGCUUUGCCGACGACGAGGACGAGGACGACGACAACAACGAUUACAACCGACGAGACGCGACCAAUACGAUUGACGACGCAGCCGCUGCCGAUAGCUCCGACUCCCCCGUGCGCGACGCGGCGAUUGACGCGGCUGACUUCCCGGCGCUCGAGGAACCUGAAGAAGCGAGUAUCUUGAUUGACGACUCCAACGACUUUGAACUCGAACCGUCCCCUCCCAACGUCGGCUCCACGCUGGAUGCCGAGAUUCGGCAGUCCAGGAUGAUAUUCACCAGUCCAGACUUUACAUCGUCGGUCCCUGCCAUAUCCGGCAGUGCCGACUCCCACAUACCCGAGAAGCGCGACUCGGCCAAGUCGCUCGACUCGGAGCUGUCUGGCUCGGCGCCAAUCGACGCAGUGAAGCCCAGUUUCGUGGCCAUGACCUCUGACGUUUCGUCUCCCGUGCCCUCUCCUGCUCGCUCCCGGGCACCUUCGCCUUCGCCCUCACCCUCACCCUCUCCGUCACCGUUGCCUCUGUUGCCCGUCGAGCCCGAGGACCCCGGGUCCCGCGACCGGUACGGCUUCAAGAAGCAGAACCAAUUUAUCACGAGGCAACAGUAUGACUCGUGGAAUAAGGACUACUCCCAAUACCUUGCCCGCAGACGCAAGAAGUGGGUUGCUUAUCUCAAGGAUUGUGCGCUCAUGACGGACCGACCUAUUCGCUUCCCGUCGCCGAAUGCCAAGACAAAAAGAUUUGUGCGCAAGGGCAUUCCGCCAGACUGGCGCGGUGCUGCCUGGUUCUAUUAUGCCGGAGGCCCGGCCAUCCUUGCCAAGCACUCGGGCCUGUACGAGAAGCUCCUGUCCACGAGCGCCAAGCAAAUCGACAUCGAGGCCAUUGAGCGGGAUCUGCACCGCACGUUUCCCGACAACAUCCAGUUCAAGCCUUCGGCCAAGUUCGACGUGUCGUCAAACAGCGACCGAGCGAGCCGCUCAACGACGACGGAGUCGACAUCUAGCGACAGCGGCCACCGCGGACCGCCGGGCUCGGAGGGGGAACCGCCCAUCAUCACCUCCCUGCGUCGCGUGUUGCAUGCUUUUGCCGUGUACAAUCCGCGCAUCGGCUAUUGCCAGAGCCUCAACUUCUUGGCAGGCAUGCUUCUUCUCUUUGUGGAGACGGAGGAGCAGUGUUUCUGGCUGCUCAACGUAAUCACCAUCAUCUACCUUCCGGGGACGCAUGAGAUGAGCCUCGAAGGCUCUAAAGUGGACCUUGGCGUCCUCAUGACGGAGCUGAGGGACACGAUGCCUGCCGUGUGGGACAAGAUUGGGAGUGAGCUGGACGGUGCCCCCGGGCCACGGCCGGGAACGAGCAAGUCGCUCCGCAAGGCCACGAUUCCGCUCAUGAAGCGACGCGACCAGUCCAGUCUCUCGACGGAGCGGCUACCGCCUAUCACGCUGUGCAUGACGGCGUGGUUCAUGAGCUGCUACAUCGGGACCCUGCCAAUCGAGACGACGCUUCGCGUAUGGGACGUGUUCUUCUACGAAGGAUCCAAGACGCUGUUCCGCAUCGCGCUUGCCAUCUUCAAGACUGGCGAGGCGGAGAUUAGGGCCGUUUCGGACCCAAUGGAGAUGUUUGGUGUGGUACAGGCGCUCCCGCGGCGCAUGUUGGACGCGAACGCACUCAUGGAGACUUGUUUCAAGCGGCGCAACGGGUUCGGACACCUGAGUCAGGGCACGAUUGACGAGCGCCGCCAAGAGCGACGCGACAAGGUGCAACAAGAAAAGGUGCAACAACUCCGAGGCGCGACAGCCGUUCCGGGGUCAGAGAGAGCGAUGCCUCGAAAGGGCACCAUUUUCAGCAAGAAACGCGGAGACGCCUCGAUACUGCGGCCUGCAGAGGUCUAGGAGGAGAUGGCGACCACGGAUCCUUCGACGGGACUUGAUACCUUUUUAAUUCUUGACGGGGCGUGCGUCACUCACGCCCGUCUUUUCUACACUCACACAUAGCAUACAUGCGCGCCGCAGGCACUGCCGGGCGCCGGGUCCGACGCGCGGGACGAUGACCGCGGUCGAGGCUCAUGACAUUACACGCACUAUUGGUUUUCCUUGAAUUUUACCUCGCAUUGCAUGCGCCCAGCCAAGAACACUUGGGGACGGGACACAUUCGCUUCUCUCGAUUCACUCAUGACGAUGACGGCUUGGACGGGUCUGGCAGACGCUGCCGGGCGAGACAGAUGGAUGGAGAGCUUGGGGACAUUAAUUUUGUUUUGAGCGAGUUUUGGUGUGCAUAGACGGACGGACACGGACAUGUAAAAUCCUUGAAUAGAGGGACCCGGAGUACAUGGCUAGCUCGCUCGAGCGGGGGGGGGGGGGGGACACGUAAUGACGGGGCACACAGGCAGUUGGACGACGAGCAGAGGGAGGAGACAAAUGUUCAAUUACGUGCUGUGCUCAGCUAGUAGGUUGAUGCCCACGACACCACAUGCGCAUGUAUCUGUG